CCCUGUACUUUAUCGGUAACGUCACGACUAUCAUGCCGAGCAAAGAAAUGGUUGAUGCAUUCAACACGACUGGAACUUUAGCUGUUCUUGCCAUGGCGGGUGAUUCUAUUCAACUAUCGAUGUUCAUAAAGGCAUCUAACUCCCUCAUGGCCAACGCCAACUGGAGCGACAUCUCGGACGACGCAUUUCUGAAUAAAAGUCUAAAUGAACAGAAAUUGAUUCUUGCCGCAUUAUCGGAUGCUAAGUCACAACAACUACAAUUCUUAAAGAAUUCUGUCCCACCAAGCAACAUCGAAGAAGUCAACGUGUACUCCAAUGUGUUGUUUAGCACAGUGUCCCUCAUUGGUGGCAGUAAAGUUGGUCCCAUGACCGUUGGUAUCGACGCUCGAGAAAAUUGCCUUUCAACCCUAGAAAAGAUUUCUGGAUACCUACCAAAUGUUUCCGUGGUUUCAGCUUCUGAAUAUGAGCCGUUUGCAAAGAGUGCACUCGAAGUGAUGACAGCUCUAAUGACGGGUAUUAAUGGAGUCUUAGAAACCGAUGAACUCUUGCCGCCGAGAGAUAUACAGGCUGCUACCAGAGGGACUCUCGACUACGAUGGGGCAAUACCUGAUGACCCAAACAUGGUUGUUCCGGACAACUUGGAUGACGUUUACAAGCAAAGCAUAAUGGAGAACACCAUGAGGCAGAGUAUAAGUCAACUAAAUCGGAUGAAAGUUGUUGUCGAGUCUCUUAAUACCCAAGUUUCUUCUAAACUAGUUGCGGGUCAAUCGUUUGAAACACGAUCUAGUGCAGGGGCGUCAAUUUAUAUUGGAAAAAUUCGGGAAGAAACAUUGAAAAAAGGAAAAACCAUAUUUUCUCCCGUUGACCAGCAAAGUUCAGUCAUCCUGCCAGAAAACUUUUGUCCCUCUAAGUUCAUGAAUAAAGAUUCGUUUUGUAGGGAAGAAUUUGUAUUAAUGUUUCUGACAUGGCCCGUCAUCACGCACUUUCAUCCCAAAUCUCGAGUUUUCUUGGCAAGACACUCGAAAAUAAUCGAACUUGAAGUAACCAGUAAUGAUAAGCCAGUGAACAUCUCGAACGCCACAAAUUUGAUAAAUAUAGUAAUUCCCCGGGACUCCGAUGUACAUUUGGACGCUAUGAAAGUGAAUGCCAGUGACAACAUGAACAGAGCCAUACCUCUGGUCUUCCAUUAUUUCAACAUCACUUCGCCCCAAGCCGCUUUUAUGAUAAAUAUUAAACCCUCAUCUAAUGCCUCGCGCCUCGUUAUUCUCGUCGCUCAUGAAAUGUUCCCGGUUCCUGGAAAGUUCCUCUUCAGCCGCUUAGUAGAAGAGCUGCCCUUUAUUGAUGAUUCUCGUACACUCUUCAUCGAUUCUGACAUGAACAACAACAGGACUGGUCGAUUUGUGGCCGCUAUUGGAAAACUCCUCAAUAAUGCCCAUUCAUCCAAUUUUACUCGAAAAGAUCUAGAUCCCAAAUUUUCCUCAAACUACGAAUUGAAAAUCACGGUCUUAGGAUGCUACUACUACGAUGAACCGUCACUCACGUGGUCACCCGCGGGUUUGAAAGUGAUUUCCGCCAAUGCAACGCACACAAAAUGCGGGACUAGCCAUCUUUCCCAGUUUGGAUCAGGAUUUUUGCCAAAUGUGCAUGAAAUUGAUUUUGAUUUUAUAAUAGCGAACAUGGGCUUCGUAGAUAAUUCUACUCUCUAUGUCACUCUGAUUUUACUUUUUGUCUUGUUUAUCAUAGCUAUGAUAUGGGGUCACUACAAGGACAAAAAAGAUAUUGAAAGGAGUGGUGUUCUUCCCUUGCCAGAUAACAAGCCUGAAGACAAAUACAUUUACGAAGUUACUUUCUUCACCGGUCCUGACUCGGAUGCUCCAUGUGAAUCUCAGAUAUACUUCAUGGCGUCAGGUGAUUAUGACGAAACAGAAGUUCGUUUCCUGCCUAAAGCUAACUCGAACCUUUAUCGCCGAUACGACAGGAACACAUUUGUGAUGACAACGGCUAGACCUCUCGGUUCUCUGCACUACUUGCGGGUUUUCAUUGACAAUAAAGGAAGGUUGCCGUACGACAGCUGGCAGCUUGAACGGGUCGUUUUCAGAGACCUCCAAAAGUCUAAGCAGUACACUUUCGAAACGAAUGCCUGGCUUGCCCUCAACCGCGGAGACGGCUUGGCAGACCGGACUUUCUUGUGCGCCAACAACAACGAAGACAUGACCACUUUUUCUCAAAGGAUGUACAACAUUACAAAUAGAAAUGCCAACCAAGACCAUAUAUGGAUGUCGGUUUUCUUACGCCCCACUGGGUCCCGGUACUGUCGAAAAGAAAGGAUCAUAGUUUGCGCAACGUUUUUAUUUGUUUCCAUGCUUCUGCAUGCAAUGUACUACGAGAAUGAAGGUGAAUCUCCCAUUGAUGCAUAUGCCUACAUUGGUCCUGUUCCAAUCGCUCUGUCUCAAAUGAUCAAAGGCCUUGCGGUGAUCAUUUUCGUCCUACCGUUCUCAACGUUGCUUGGGGCCAUUUUCAAGCGAGCUCGCCCUAGGAAGUAUGUUAGAUGUAAAGCUUUGGACGCCAUCGAAAAACAACGUGAACUUCAAUUGCAGAAAACUGGAUUAACUUGGAAAAAUGCUUCAGAGAAAUCAAAGGUUAUCACAAAGCCUGGAUGGAAAGCGAAACCUAAAAUUAAACCUGUCGUAAAAUGUCUCCCUUGGUGGACAAGGCCACUUGGAUGGAUUGUUUGUGUUGCAGCAAUGACGGGAUCCGUGUUCAUGGUAUGGAGUUAUGGCAUCACCUGGGGAGAAAUAACGACCGUAAAAUGGUUCUCUUCGUUCUUCACAACCUUCUUGGUGUCGAUUCUGAUAAGCCAAUGGCUGAAGGUAGUGUUGGUCUCAUGUUUCGGCAGCAUUUGCUGUGUUCCAAACCACUCUGUUGAGGACAUCGACUGCGAUGAGGAACUUCCCAUGCUACAAGAAGACGAAGAAUGGGCUUUGAUGAGUCCCUUAGAUCCUUCCACUGUGAGGGACGUGCACAGAGUUUUUGGUGUAACUCACGACGAUGACGCGACGAAGAAGCUGAGUGUUCAGCUCACCAAAGAUCGAGACAUGAAAUUCAUUGUACGUGGAAUUUUCGUUUAUUGUCUGUUCCUUGCCGUGCUGUUUAUCAUCGUCAACGACAAGACGGACAUUAACGCAUUCUUGCUGCAACAACACUUCAGUGCGACCUUCUUAAACGAUAAAUUAUUUCAAGCGACCCGUGUCAUUGAUUCGAAUACUAAUGCUACCUUAGUCUUCCCAAACGAGCUGCGAAGCACGGACCAUUUUUGGCACUACGCCAAAAACUUGAUCAUGAAUACAACUCGAGCACAGCGGUGGUACAACAAUGAUCCGCCCUACGGUCUUCGCGGCUUCCUGGAUGACCGAGCCAACCGCAUGGUAGGAUACCCCAUCCUGCGGCAGAUACGCAAUGCCCGCUUUGUGUGCUCGGUGCCCGACCCAAUGAAUUCGGUUCCACACGCAAAUAACAAGAGAAAUCGAAGCUGCACGGGUAUUCGAGGCGUGCACAUGGAAGACGAUCACGAUUACUGUGCAAAUUGGGUGCUCGGUGAAGCGUCUGAUGCCGCGUGUAACUUCCCAGAGUUUAAGUAUCAAACAGCGAGCCAACUAAAGACCUUAACCACCGUGGGCCGUCUGGGAACUUAUAGUGGCGGCGGAUACGUUAUCAGACUUGAUGGAUAUGAAGCUGACGUCAACGAGAGGCUGGAUCAGCUCCAAAAAGUGCAUUGGAUUGACAAGCGUACACGAGCGGUGUUCUUGGAGUUCUCCGUAUACAACGCCAAUGUGAACUUAUUCAUGACGUGUAUGAUUUGCUUUGAGGUGAGUGAAGGAGGCGGUAUCGUCACCAAAUGGAGGUUCGAACCUGUUCGACUUCUGCGGCUGGAGAGCAACGCCAAGGAUAACGUCGUAUUUUUCUGCGAGCUAAUGUUCGUCGUAUCAACAGUCUUCUUCACUUUCAGGCAAUUGUGGGAGAUAAAAAAACAAAGAUGCGGGUACUUUUACCAGUACUGGAACCUUGCGGAACUUUCUUUAGUUCUACUUUCUUGGCUAGAGAUCGCCUUGUACAUUUACAAGCUUCUUCUCACUCUUGCCGUGGCGGAUGAGUUUAAUCGAACAAAAGGCAACGCUUACUUGCGAAUGGACUAUCCGGUAUUGGUUGAUCAAUUUUAUACGUGCAUUCUGGGCCUGAUCAUGUUUGUAUCGGUGCUCAAACUCAUCAAACUCAUGCAGUUCAACAAAAGAAUGGACGUGCUGGCGCUUACCAUUUCCCUGUGCUGGGAAGAGCUGUCGUAUUUCCUUAUCGCAUUUAUUAUCAUAUUCUUUGCCUUUUGCUGCCUCUUCUAUUUCAUUUUAUUCGUGUAUCUACCAGAGUUCACUUCAAUGCUCUCCACAGCUCAGACCAGCUUCUCAAUGAUGCUCGGCAAAUUCGACUUCGAUGAAAUGCAACAGGCAAACUCGCUGUCACCCCUCCUGUUCUUCAUCUUCUCGGUGCUGAACAGCAUGGUUCUCGUCAACAUUAUGCUCGCUAUCAUCUUGAAAGCUUUCAAAGAAAUUAAAGUUGAUCUGAGUAAGAGAGAGAACACUUAUGACGUCCUGGACUACAUGUGGAAGCAUUUCAAGAAGACCCUGGUGCUGCAGCCCAAUGCCGUCAACCAAGUCAAAGUGAACUUGAACAAGAAGGAGCGAGAGGGCCUACAGAGCGAACGAGAUUUUCCCGAUAAGGUGGGGCAGUUACUGCAGCAAAUCAACAGCCUUUACUUCGACGGCAAACUCGACCUCUGCAAGCCUGAGGCGGCGAAGACCGUCUUCAGCGUCGAGGACGACGCCCGCCCUCGCAGGAAGCUGAGGCCCGACGCCCGACGCGAUAAGAAGCCCAAGACCAUCUUCUUCAGCGACUAAAACUGCGUGCACUUGAAAGAUGGAGGAUAAAUAACACGUGUGUUAAACUAUUAUUCCUUUUUCUGCAGAUGUAAUAGUUCCGUUAUAAUUAAUAUUCGGAUCUAAGGGCCAGCGGCCGUACUUUUAAUGCACGCUUAAAUACACGCUGCGGCCAAAGUUAACGUAUGGGCUGAUUUCUCAUCUGUGAUUGGUGGCUUUAGCUUGAGAAGCGAACCGUGAUUGGCUGACGGAAUUACGAUUUCGUACUUUUUUAUAGUACGGCCUCUUAUGACGACAGUCACUGUCAGUAGAUCGAGGGUUAUUACGUCCAUCGUGCUACGACUGAAAAUUAUGGUUGAUGUGGCUAUCAAAAGGCUUGUUUAGUAGACCAUUAGAAUCUGUCAAUGACUUGCACUUAUCUGUAUUAUAACCGUGGCUGAAUUUUCAUCACUAAAUGUGUUUCGCACGAACACAAUAUUUCUUCUCCCUUUGUCUCGGUGUAACUCAAUCGUUCACAGUGAAGACUCAACUUCGUAUAAUUUGUUCAAGUUCAACAGCGACACUCAACACAGAAUGAACGCUCGUUGGAUGACUGAACAAAAUAUUAUAAUCUACGUCCAUAUUCAAUUUAUUUUGCUCAUAAUUGGAUUGUUGAAUUACUAUACUUUUUCGAAAACUACACAGAUAAACGUAUAAUUGGUGUGAAGAAUAAAAGGGUUAUCAUCAUAAAAGAUAACUCGGUCUGAA